AUGCUAAUGGCGGAGUUCAGUGGAGGACUCGUACUCGCGGCGCUGCUGCUCUUCACGGCUCUCACGGUCAAAGACAUGUACGUGGGCAUGCACCGCGGGCCCCCGGAUGACACCGACGACCGGAGCACGUUUACACCCGGGGAGGAGCAGAGCAAACCGGGCAAAACCUUCAGCGGCGCCGGGAACAUGAUGGGACCGGUGCUGCGCUUCCAGUACUGUAAGGUGUUCCAGGACUACUCCAGGGCCAUCAACCAGAUCUACCCAGAGCUGCGCAUCGAGGGGAGCAACUACCCCCCCACCACCGCAAACAAGUAUCUGGGGAACCUGGUGUUCUACGUGAAGCUGCUGUCCUUGGUGCUGAUCGUCACUGGCACCAGUCCGUUCAGACUCCUGAACACCGAGCCCUCAGAGUCCUGGACCCGUGUGUGGACCUGGACUCAGCAGAACAAGAUCUUCUCGUGCCUCAUGGUCUUCUUCGUCUGUAACAUGAUGGAGACACACUUCCUGUCCACAGGAGCCUUCGAGAUCAGCCUCAACGAUGUUCCUGUCUGGUCCAAGCUGCAGUCGGGAUACGUCCUGAACGUCCAGGAACUACUUGGACCAAAGGGCUCUGCUGCUGUGGGCGGGUCUCGGACGGGUCUUGGACGGGUCUCGGUGGCCAGGGGGCGCUCUGCAUCACUCAUAACGCUAGCCAAGCCAGUGCCAACCCGGAGAGAAGCUCUGUUCGCCUGGUUCUUUCCCGUUCUAUUCUCUUUCUAUCCUCGGAAUUAA